AUGGUCGAAGACAAAGACAACCUCCCGUCGAACGAAGAGAAUAGCAGCUCCACUAGUGAGGAGGAGGAGAGCAAGGCUGAGAAUGCUACAGCAGAACCAAACCAAGACGAUGAUGAUGAGAUGGUGGUAAAGCUACUCGAGUCGAUGAAGCUGGCCGAAGAUGCCUUGCGACAAGACAACCAACAAUUACAAGACGAGAAUGACGAAUUGGCGCUGGCUAUGAGAGAAAUGCGGGAGCAAAAUGAGCUGAUGGAAUCCCAAACGAAAUUGUUUGAGGAAUUUAGUGUCAAUAGAUUGGCCGAAAUCCAGCAAAUGACGGAUCUGCAAGAAGAACUACUGGAAGAAACCAUUCCGGCCUAUGAGGACAUGAUGGAAUCGAUACUGGAAGACGUGGAAGAAAUCAAGAGGCGACAGAGUCAAGUAGACUCUCUUGUUUUGAAUCAGUAUGGUGUACAGAAGACGAAGCAUCCUAAGGAGUGA